AUGUUGAAAACUUUACCGUUGAUAGCUGUACGUGUGCUUUCGAGAAGAUCUUGCAAUGUAUGGAUGAAGCAGCUUCGUUCAGCUUCCACUCACUUUGGAUAUGAACAAGUCGAUGAGGCCGAAAAAGAAAAGCGAGUGCACCAUGUUUUUGCCAAUGUUGCUAAGAAGUAUGACUUAAUGAAUGACGCGAUGAGUUUUGGAAUCCACCGAUUGUGGAAGGACUACUAUGUUAGUGGCCUUCCUCUCACACCCGACUCGAAGGUUCUGGACGUUGCUGGUGGGACAGGGGAUAUUGCGUUUCGCUUACAAAAAAGGAUGAAGACAGGCAAGGUCACUGUGGUGGAUAUUAAUCAGAAUAUGCUCGACGUUGGUCAGGAACGUUCAAAGAAAGAUCCAUCAGUUGAUCCCGAGAAGUUUGAAUGGAUUUGUGCGAAUGCAGAGAGUCUACCAUUCGACGAGAAUUCUUUCGAUGCGUACACCAUUUCAUUUGGAAUCCGUAACUGCACGCAUGUAGAAAAGGUUGUGCAAGAAGCCUUCCGAGUUUUGAAACCAGGAGGUUUGCUGGCCGUGCUUGAGUUCAGCGCUGUGAAUCCUCUUCUCAAACCUAUCUAUGAUGCCUACUCUUUUAACGUUAUUCCUGUCAUGGGAGAGGUUCUGGCUGGUGAUUACAACAGUUACAAGUACCUCGAGGACUUCGCUGCAAUGAUUAGAGGUGUUGGUUUCGAGAUGGUCCGCUAUGAAAAUCUCACAUUUGGUGUCUCCAUGGUAGCGGCACCUCCAAUAAGAUUGCUCUUCGCAGUUUCGCGAAGGCCGCUUUCCUUGACGUCGUAUCGGCACAUAAGGUUCCGUUCCAGUAAUCCGGCCCCUAACACGAAGGAUAUCGGCAGAUUUGUUGCUCCUAUCACAUCAGAUGCCUUAUACGACCCUGGCCAGUUAUUCAUUCACAAGACCUUUGCCUACAAAGGAGUUGUUGUUUGCGCUUUCAAAUGCAGAUUCCAGGAAAAGAAGAGCAGUACUAGUGAUCGUACUGUUUCACAAGGAAGGUAUUACCAGGUAUUGAUUGAUCGAGGUGACUGGAGUCAUAUGGGUUUUCCAGUUGAUCUCACCUCAUACUUAAUGGACGGCACGAGUCGUGGGGAAAAGCUUCUCACUCUUAUCAAUGGUAUGGAUUGUGUUGCACAUAGCGACAUUCUUCCGUUUAAUGCAGUUGAUCGAGAGCCUUUAGACCACGAUUUGUUCCAUCGAAUUUUUGAUGUCAUCGAUUCUCCUGAAGGUAGCAAAGAGGUCAAGAUUACUAUGAAGGCGAAUCUUUUUGAAAAUUACAUGGCGUCGCAAAGGUCAUGGUUAGCUCCAAGGGAUGUUUACAGAGAGGUCACAGAAAACAUCGAGGUGACAGUGACCACAUUCUAUCUUGGGAGCAGUAUGAGUGCUGGGCAACUGAGGCAUAUGUGGCGGUACGUCAUCAGGCUUGAAAACCACGCCCCACAAAAUCCAGUUAUACUUCGCGAACGUUCUUUAAAGGUUUACUCGCUCAAUAACAUGAAUCAAAUGCAUGGUCAUGGAGUGGUCGGGAAGACUCAGUUCCAGUUCAGCAGUACCGUUGAAUUGGCCCAUUCCAAGGGAGGACAUAUGUGGGGUCGCUUCAAAAUGGAACGGCCGAAUGGAUCGACGUUUGAUGUAGCCAUACCUACAGUUGUGCUCGAGUCUUUCGACGAGAAGAGUGCUGGCAAUAUUGAAAAGAGCGUAGAAUGA